GCGGGAAACGUUGAACGCGACGGGCGUCUUUUUUGGUUCAAAAGUUUUGUAAAUUUGUUUUAGCAUAUAAAUAGAUCAGUAUUGUAUAGUGUUCUUGUAAAUUUAUUGUUUUGUGUAUAUAUUUUAUGUAGAUAGUGUUUAAAUCUUGCUGUACUACCGGUGAGUCUAUUUAUUUAAUUACUUGGAGCCGCAAUGAACGACCCGCCCGAUCCGGGCGGUUCUCUGCCGCCCGAUGAAAUUUCCCUUGAUGCUAGUAAUGUUCCGCCGGCGGGUCAUUUCGUUACGGUUACAUCUAACCAUGGUUGGGAAUCCGAUAAUUCCACAUCGGGUUCAACAGCUUGCCCUCGCAAGCGUAGCCGUAAUAAGAAAAGUCGUAAACAUCAGGCUAAAAUUGAACGUAGACUUCUUGCUAAAAAUAUGACAGAAGAAUCUACUGAUAUGGAUCACCAAGAUGUUCCACAGACACAGCAAAAGGUCAUUGCACCUGCAACUAGUAUCUCUGACUUGCCUCCGUCCAACCCUACUCCAAUUGCUCGUAAUCUGUAUAAUGAAUCAGACAGUGCGCCCUACGUAGUCCAUGUUCAGAAGAUCGAAACUAGCCCAAAUGAAGGUCCGUCAAUGCACGCACUCUCAUUUGGGAAAUUCCUGAAACAGAAUUCCUUUCAAUGUAUAGUUAAUGGUAGUGUAAAGCAAAUUGGCCGGAACAAAAUUUCGAUUUCAUUCUCGAACUUCAACCAUGCGAACCUGUUUUUAACUCACAAUAGUUUAGUGACCAAAAACUACAAAGCCUUCAUUCCCUCCUUUAAUGUUACAAGGAUGGGCCUUGUGAGAAGUAUACCAGCGGAUUGGUCACCGGAGGAAAUAAUUGAAAACAUUACAGUACCAGAUGAUUGUGGUAAAAUUAUAAAAGUUAGGCGGCUGAAUUACAAAGUCUUUGUGGAUGGUGCUCCUAUUUGGAAACCAUCUCAAUCCAUUGUAUUAACUUUUGAUGGACAAGUAUUACCUAAGCGCAUAUUUAUGUGUUAUAAUGCCUUACCUGUAGAGCUUUACAUUUUUCCCACUAUCCAGUGUUAUAAUUGUUGCCGUUUUGGACACACAAAAGUUCAAUGUCGUUCCAAAGCAAGAUGCUUCAAGUGUAGCCAAGGUCAUGCUGGCGACACAUGCCAAACUGACGAAAUUAAAGCAUCAUGCUGUUUGUGUUCUGGGUUCCACUAUGCCACAAGUAAAUCCUGCCCUGAAUUUCUAAUAACUCCAUGUCAUAUGCAGAAGCCUCAAAAAUUCAUCCACCAGUAUCCAAGUCUUAUGCAGACAUAGUUACAGCAAAAUCGAAUUCCCAAAUAGUACAGGAUAAGUCUCCUAAUCUUGUUUCAUCCUACAAAAAAACGGUAUACAAAACUCCUCGUUCCACUCCCACAUUAGGCAAAAGCUAUGACCGUGAAGCACAUGAGGCUAUCAUUAGGGAAAACUUAAUUCCUUCCCCAUCUAAUGGUUGUGCUAUUAAUACCGAAUUUCAUAAUAAAGAAUCACCAGUAUCUCUACCUGAAUUAAUACUUGCUCUUAUUAAUAUUGUUUCUAAGUCAAAUUCUAGUUCACCGUCCCACGCUGCCUAUAUAAUUGAUAAGUGUAUGAGAGUCAUUCAAGAUGGCGAUGCAAGCUAAGCUGCUACAGUGGAACUGUCGCAGCAUAGUUAGUAAAAAAAGUGAAAUUAUAUACUUGCUAAACAAAUAUAAGCCAUUUGUCUUUGCUUUAGCAGAGACAUGGCUCAAACCCAUGCAAAAUUUUAAAGUGCAUGGAUAUACCUCUGUCAGAGAUGACAGACCUGAUGGGUAUGGUGGUACUGCACUUUUAGUUAAAAGCUCAGUGCCAUUUUCUAUUAUCUCACUACCUUCCCAUUCUGUAAAUAUGUCAAUUGUAGCUAUA